CUCCCCGCGCGCAGCCGCCCGAACCCGCCCAGACCGAGCGCCCGAGGUGCCGCAGCCGCUGCCGCCGCCGCGAUGUGACCUUCAGGGCCGCCAGGACGGGAUGACCGGAGCCUCCGCCCCGCGGCGCCCGCGGCUCGCCUCGGCCUCCCGGGCGCUCUGACCGCGCGUCCCCGGCCCGCCAUGGCCCCUUCGCCCUCGCCCGGGCCCGCCGCCCCGCGCGCCGCGCCGCUGCGGCUGCUGCUGCUGCUGCUGCUGGCCUCGGAGUGCGCGCUCGCCGCGUUGUUGCCGGCGCGCGAGGCCACGCAGUUCCUGCGGCCCAGGCAGCGCCGCGCCUUCCAGGUCUUCGAGGAGGCUAAGCAGGGCCACCUGGAGAGGGAGUGCGUGGAGGAGCUGUGCAGCCGCGAGGAGGCGCGGGAGGUGUUCGAGAACGACCCCGAGACGGACUAUUUUUACCCAAGAUACUUAGACUGCAUCAACAAGUAUGGGUCUCCGUACACCAAAAACCCAGGCUUCGCCACCUGCGUGCAGAUGCCUCGCCUGCCUCCAUCCUCACGUCCCCGGUGCCUCGCCUGCCUCCAUCCUCACGUCCCCAGUGCCUCGCCUGCCUCCAUCCUCACGUGCCCGGUGCCUCGCCUGCCUCCAUCCUCACGUCCCCGGUGCCUCACCUUUAGACUUGGCCUCAUGCACACGGACCUGCCUGACCAGUGCACGCCCAACCCCUGUGAUAAGAAGGGGACCCAAGCCUGCCAAGACCUCAUGGGCAACUUCUUCUGCCUGUGUAAAGCCGGCUGGGGGGGCCGGCUCUGCGACAAAGAUGUCAAUGAAUGCAGCCAGGAAAACGGAGGCUGCCUCCAGAUCUGCCACAACAAGCCGGGCAGCUUCCACUGUGCCUGCCACAGCGGCUUCCAGCUCUCCUCUGACGGCAGGACCUGCCAAGACAUAGACGAGUGUGCAGACUCGGAGGCCUGCGGGGAGGCGCGCUGCAAGAACCUGCCGGGCUCCUACUCCUGCCUCUGUGACAAGGGCUUUGCGUACAGCUCCCAGGAGAAGGCCUGCCGAGAUGUGGAUGAGUGUCUGCAGGGCCGCUGUGAGCAGGUCUGCGUGAACUCCCCGGGAAGCUACACCUGCCACUGUGAUGGGCGUGGGGGCCUCAAGCUGUCCCAGGACAUGGACACCUGUGAGGACAUCUUGCCCUGCGUGCCCUUCAGCCUGGCCAAGAGCGUGAAGUCCUUGUACCUGGGCCGGAUGUUCAGUGGGACCCCCGUGAUCCGACUGCGCUUCAAGAGGCUGCAGCCCACCAGGCUCGUAGCCGAGUUUGACUUCCGGACCUUUGACCCGGAGGGCAUCCUCCUCUUCGCUGGAGGCCACCAGGACAGCACCUGGAUCGUGCUGGCCCUGCGAGCCGGCCGGCUGGAGCUGCAGCUGCGCUACAAUGGCGUCGGCCGCGUCACCAGCAGCGGCCCGGUCAUCAACCAUGGCAUGUGGCAGACGAUCUCUGUUGAGGAGCUGGCGCGGAAUCUGGUCAUCAAGGUCAACAGGGACGCUGUCAUGAAAAUCGCGGUGGCCGGGGACUUGUUCCAACCGGAGCGAGGACUGUAUCAUCUGAACCUCACAGUGGGAGGCAUUCCUUUCCAUGAGAAGGACCUCGUGCAGCCUAUAAACCCUCGUCUGGAUGGCUGUAUGAGGAGCUGGAACUGGCUGAAUGGAGAAGACACCACCAUCCAAGAAACAGUGAAAGCGAACGCGAAAAUGCAGUGCUUCUCAGUGACAGAGAGAGGCUCCUUUUACCCGGGGAGUGGCUUUGCCUUCUACAGCCUGGACUACAUGCGGACCCCUCUGGACAUCAGGACAGAAUCGACCUGGGAAAUAGAAGUCGUGGCUCACAUCCGCCCGGCCGCAGACACAGGGGUGCUGUUCGCGCUCUGGGUCCCUGACCUCCGUGCCGUGCCUCUCUCUGUGGCCCUAGUAGACUAUCACUCCACAAAGAAGCUCAAGAAGCAGCUGGUGGUCCUGGCCGUGGAGCAUGUGGCCUUGGCCCUAAUGGAGAUCAAGGUCUGCGAUGGUCAAGAGCACAUGGUCACCAUCUCGCUGAGGGAGGGUGAGGCCACCCUGGAGGUGGACGGCACCAGGGGCCAGAGCGAGGUGAGCGCCGCGCAGCUGCAGGAGAGGCUGGCCGUGCUCGAGAAGCACCUGCAGAGCCCCGUGCUCACCUUUGCCGGCGGCCUGCCAGAUGUGUCGGUGACUUCAGCGCCAGUCACCGCAUUCUACCGCGGCUGCAUGACACUGGAGGUCAACCGGAGGCUGCUGGACCUGGACGAGGCGGCAUACAAGCACAGUGACAUCACUGCCCACUCCUGCCCGCCUGUGGAGCCCGCCACAGCCUAGGCCCCCGUGGGACGCAGCAGGCUCCUCAGCCUCUGUCCAAAACAGUGGGGAGGAGCAUGGGGGCUCCUCACCACGUGGGGCCACCUGAGAGCUGGGCUUUCCUCUGUGACCGUCCUGGCCUGUAACAUAUCUGUAAAUAGUGAGAUGGACGUGGGGCCUCUGACGCUGCGCACUCAACCGCGGGCCCGGGCACGGGGAGGCCGGCGCAGGGCAGAGCAGGUUUGAAGAAAAUAAUUCUCUAUUAUUUUUAUUACCAAGUGCUUCUUUCUGACUCUAAAAUAUGGAAAAUAAAAUAUUUACAGAAAGCUUUGUAA